AUGAUUGCACCUUCCCUCGCUGGCUAUGUGUGGUUGAGUACGAUCACUUCAUCUCGCCGCUCGUGGACACUCCCUGAAGUGGCCAUCGCUAACGAUCCUCGCCGCAGCAUGGGAGAGGGCCCGCCCGUUGGAGGUCGAGAUCCUUCUGCAACCACACCUAUACCACAUGCGGGGCAGGAUGGAGAUGGCAAGACGAUAAGCCGAGGGGAGCGAAAAGCUCGGAAGAAAGCUCGACGACUUGCCCUCAUAAAACCCAGCACAACCAGUCCUGUGCCACAUCCGAAGCAGGAUGGCAACAAGAUAAGCCAAGGGGAGAGACUUGCCUUCGAACCCAGCGUAGUCGCCGAAGACGGCAUGGAGGGAGCCGGCGAGUCUGUCAUCACGACGUCGAAGCCGUCUAUAUCUGCUCGUGUCACAGUUAGCAGCGAAGAGAAGCCGAUCACUGUGGAGCCCACGGCCACCAAUGAUGAAAAGAAUCGCAAUAAAAGAUCCAGGCGGCGUAAGAGGGCAACCAAGUCUCCGGGGGACCAGCAAGCUGCUGGAAACCUGCCUACUAUAACGCCUUCGACCACCUAUAACGCGGUCGAGGAGUCGCUCAGCGCAGUACUCGAAUCCGCACUCAGCUCUCCGCCUGCAUCGUGCUCUGUUACGAAGAUCGCAGAGAAUGGUGCUGUUGCUCAAGCGUCGAACUUGGAAGCUCCGCCGGAUGAGAUGCCAAUCGUGAAGAAAAUGACAAAGAGGAAAACGACAAAGAAGGCGAAGAAGCGGCAGCAAGCCAAGCCCGGCUUCUGAAGAAGUUUCCCCCUGGUGUGGCUCUGACACUGCACGACAGCAAGGGAUGGCUCUUACUGCACUGCAUAGUACCUGAUAGGUAAGGCAUCGGGUGUAUACACUAUUAUAACAUAGGUAAGGUAGUAGCGCAUACAGCCAACAACACAGUCUCAAAAAUCUCGACUUUUUAUGCUGUCCUUGCGUGAGACAUGGUGCUUCAGAAGAGGCGGUGUACCUUCUUGAUCCACAACAAUCUGUUCUGGCAACAACAAACAUAUCCGAGUCACGGUUCGAUCAGAAUCGAACGGUUCGAAACAGAAUAGCGAGCACAGGAUCGAAUGAGGGCAAGCAAAUUUAUAUACUCUAUU